AUGUCUGUCUCCUCUCUCUUUCUCUACUGCUUUCUCUGUCUUUGGCUAGGCCAUGCUGUUCUUCGGCUUGAAGCUUCCCACCAUGUUUACAGAAGCCUUCAAACUUCCGAGCUAACUUCCUCACAUCAAGAUACUGAACCCUACAGAACUGGUUAUCAUUUCCAACCUCCCAAGAACUGGAUCAAUGAUCCUAAUGGACCAUUGAUUUACAAGGGAAUUUACCAUCUCUUCUAUCAAUACAACCCUAAAGGUGUGGUUUGGGGGAACAUUGUGUGGGCUCAUUCCACAUCAACUGAUCUUGUUAACUGGACCCCACAUGAUGCUGCCAUCUUCCCAUCGCAGCCGUCCGAUAUCAACGGCUGUUGGUCGGGUUCCGCCACCAUCCUCCCGAGUGGCAAACCGGUCAUUUUGUAUACCGGAAUCAACCCCCAAAACCAGCAGGUUCAGAAUUUGGCCUUCCCCAAGAACCUCUCAGACCCAUUUCUUAGGGAGUGGGUCAAGGUCCCACAAAAUCCCCUAAUGGCACCCACCCAAGCUAACCAUAUCAACGCAAGCUCAUUUAGGGACCCCACAACUGCUUGGUUGGGCCCAGAUAAGAGAUGGAGAGUGAUCAUUGGAAGCAAGCAGAACCAAAGAGGAUUAGCUAUCCUAUACAGGAGUAAAGAUUUCCUUCAUUGGGUUAAGGCCAAACACCCCCUUCACUCAGCCAAGAAAACUGGAAUGUGGGAAUGUCCAGAUUUUUUCCCAGUUUCAAUCCAUGGCCAGAAUGGUCUUGACUCAUCAGAAAAUGGUCCUGCUGUCAAACAUGUGCUCAAGGCUAGCCUGGAUAACACUAAACAUGAGUACUACACAAUUGGGACUUAUAACAUUGACAAGGAUAUAUAUAUUCCGGAUAAGGGUUCAGUGGAGAGUGACUCAGGCUUGAGAUAUGAUUAUGGAAAGUUUUAUGCUUCAAAAACUUUCUUUGACAGUUCUAAGAAUCGGAGGAUAUUGUGGGGUUGGAUUAAUGAAUCGUCGAGCGUCGAUGAUAUCAAGAAGGGAUGGUCUGGACUUCAGGCAAUUCCAAGAACCCUAUGGCUCGCCAAAUCCGGGAAACAGUUGGUGCAAUGGCCAGUACAAGAAAUUGAAAAGCUACGUGGAAAAACGGUCAAGUUGCCAAGCACUGUGCUUAAGGGAGGAUCGGUGCGUGAGGUAGUUGGUGUCACUGCAGCACAGGCAGAUGUGGAGAUUACAUUCGGGAUAAGUGAUUUUAAGAAAGCAGAAGUUCUUGACCCUAGUUGGACGGACCCCCAACUUUUGUGUGGCCAAAAAAGUGCCACAGUUAAAGGUAGUUUAGGACCAUUUGGGCUGUAUGUUUUGGCUUCCAAGGACUUGAAAGAAUACACAGCAGUGUUCUAUAGAAUAUUCAAAGCCAAUAACAAAUAUGUGGUGCUCCUCUGCAGUGAUCAAAGCCGGUCUUCCUUAAAUAAGGAUAAUGAUAAGACCACUUAUGGAGCUUUUGUAAAGGUGGAUCCUCUUCGUGAGAAGCUGUCGCUAAGAAAUUUGAUUGAUCACUCAAUUGUGGAGAGCUUUGGUGGAGAAGGCAAGGCGUGCAUAACAGCUAGGGUUUAUCCCACAUUGGCCAUUGACGAUGAUGCUCACUUGUAUGCCUUCAAUUAUGGAACAGAAGAUGUAAAAAUCACAGGGAGUGCAUGGAGCUUGAAAACAGCAAAAAUCAAUUGA